CAAUCAGACUGCUACAUCGCGCGUGCUUGUCACGCCCCUGUUCAUUCUGCAGAUAGUUAUAAACUGUACAAGGAUUUUAAAACUAGGUUAGCUAACGGUAAUUUUCGUAUUAAUGAAAGCAUAAUAAAACAACAAAGUUAUGCGCGUAUGUUAGCCACAUAUUAGCAAUGCCACCGCUGUGUUGUAUUGCUCCAAAUGGAAACGGAGCGGACAGUUUUAGCUAACGUUAACGUUACGUUUUACUCAUUCGUUUGAUGUUUGGGCAUUUUUAAACAAACAAUGGCAAGUUUGGGUAGUGAACCUCUCUGAGGAGAAAAGAAGGGGCUAACAGUGGACUCCGGACAGGUAUGUCUCUUCGGCUUUUUGCGUGGUUGCUGCUGCUCUUCUGUGUGGAUCUGUUCAGACAUGAACUCACCGGGGCUCAUGCAGACUCGGUACCCAGUGCUGCAAAAACUUUAGUAUGGGGACCUGGACUCGAGACAAACGUUGUCCUUCCAGCUCGAUUCUUCUACGUACAGGCGGUGGACAGCUCGGGGCGGAAUUUAACAACAUCACCUGGUGAGAAGACCUUUGAAGUGAAGAUGGUAUCUCCGGUGGAGCAGUUCACCAGGAUUUGGAUCCAGGUCCUGGAUCGUAAGGAUGGCUCCUUCCUGGUUCGCUACAGAAUGUAUGCCACCUACACUGACCUUCACAUCCACAUUCUGCUCAAGAACAAGCAUGUCGCCAAGUCACCAUUUAUUCUCAAAGGUCCAGUCUACCAUGAGGGCUGUGACUGUCCCCAGCCCAGUGGUCCUGUGUGGGAGGCUGACAUGCACUGUCCUCAGACCUUCUCUCAGAUAGAAAGGGACCUGGCCCUCUAUGCAAGUGUCGACCCAGAUCGUAAUGCACAGGAGAUCCCACAACGCUUUGGACAGAGACAAAGCCUCUGCCACUAUACUGUUCAAGACAACAAGGUCUACGUUAGAACUUUUGGAGAGCAUGUGGGCUUCAGAAUAUUUAUGGAUGCCAUCCUCCUGUCACUCACCAGAAAAGUGCAGCUCCCUGAUGUUGAGUUCUUUGUAAACCUGGGUGACUGGCCGUUGGAGAAGAGGAAACCCACUGAGAAGAUUCAUCCUAUCUUUUCCUGGUGUGGCUCUAACAAUACUAGAGAUAUUGUCAUGCCCACCUAUGACCUGACUGAGUCUGUUCUUGAGACCAUGGGAAGAGUAAGUCUGGACAUGAUGUCAGUGCAGGCCAACACAGGGCCAUCAUGGCAAGAGAAGAAUUCCACAGCCUUCUGGAGGGGCCGCGACAGUCGUCAAGAACGUCUAGAGCUGGUCAAGCUUUCCAGGGCUCAACCCAACAUGAUAGAUGCUGCCUUUACCAACUUCUUCUUCUUCAAACAUGAUGAGAGCCUCUAUGGGCCUCUGGUCAAACAUGUUUCUUUCUUUGACUUUUUUAAGUACAAGUACCAAAUAAACAUUGACGGUACUGUGGCAGCGUAUCGACUGCCCUACCUGCUAGCAGGAGACAGUGUGGUCCUGAAGCAAGAUUCAGGCUACUACGAGCAUUUCUACAAUGAGCUUCGGCCGUGGGAGCACUACAUCCCUAUAAGGGCGGACCUUGGAGACCUGCUGGAAAAGAUCCAGUGGGCUCGUGACCACGAUGAAGAGGCACUGAAAAUUGCACUGGCAGGUCAACAGUUUGCCCGCAAUUAUCUUAUGGGGGACAGCAUAUUCUGUUACUACUACAAACUUUUUCAGGAGUAUGCCAAACUCCAGGUCACAGAGCCCAAGAUUCGUGAAGGCAUGGAGCUUGUAGAGCAGCCCAGUGAUGACCUGUUCCCAUGUUCCUGCCACAGGACGAAGGCAAAGGAUGAACUUUGAUUGACCUGUCGUCCAGUUACAGAGCAACCCUUCAAAUCUGAUGUACUGCCAAAAAGUGUUCAUUAUUUUAUUGAUAUGGAUAUCACAUCUCAUUUUUAAAAUAAAUGUCUUUCUUUUUGUA